AUGAGCAACGUUCCGGUUUUUAGUAUUAACCGCUCGCUCAAUAACGUGCUUUCGGAGCUGGAGUUUUUGCGUGAGACUCAAGUCAUUACCCCAGAAUUGUACAACCAAAUUGUCAAUAAGAUUCCUCGCACUUAUGAACAAGGUGUGCCUCCUGUAGGACCCUUUGAAUUGGCAUCUGGAUCUACAGCAAACAUACCUUCAUACCAAAAUACAAACACCCCCAACACAAUAACAACAACAACAGCAGCUACAAAUCCUUCUUCUAAUACAGCCCGCAGUGAUGAAAAACAAGUACUAACAUCACAACAAGCACCUCCACAACAACAACAGCAACAACAACCACAAUUGACUGGCGGCGAAGUCGUCGAGGCUCUAUAUGCAUACCAACCCGCUGCUCCUACAGACUUGCCACUCUACCCAGGCCAGCGAAUUAACAUUGUGGAAAAGCUGAAUGCUGACUGGUGGCGUGGCCGUGACACACAGACAGGCCAAGAAGGCAUUUUCCCUGCAAACUAUGUUCGUGUAUCUCAACAACAACAAGCUCCUCCACCUCAACAACAACCACAACAACAACAAGGGUACCAGGCAUAUGAUAACCGUGGAGGCUACGGUGCUCCACCUCCAUCAUAUGGUGCAACAUCUUACCAAUACGCACAACCUCCUCCCCAGCAACAACAACAACAACAACAACAGUUCCCCCCUCCAUCUGUUAAUUAUUACCAACCUCCACCACAACAACAGCAACAACCACAACAGAUUGUGGUGCAGGAGCAGCAGCCGCAGCAACAACAACAACAACAGCAGCAUCAUCAGUCGAGUGCAGUGGCUGACGGUGCUAAGAAGUUUGGCAGCAAGCUGGGCAAUGCUGCAAUUUUUGGUGCCGGCGCCACAAUUGGUUCCAAUAUUGUGAAUUCCAUUUUUUAA